GCGCAGCAUCAUUUCAGCGCAGCACCUUGAGAAGACGCGACACAAAAUGGCUUUGAUAAUUUAACGCUCGGCUGAGAAGAAACGCUCACAGCGCCAUCGGGAAUAUAGGACGCGCGUUGCUGUUUUUUUUCUGAAAUAAUAAAGACCAAACACCAGAAACAAGCCUGGAAAUCAACGGCGGACAGUGGGGGGAAUUCGGGGACAGUCAUGGCGGGGGUGGGAGCCAGGGGGAGAAAGACGGGACUCCCGGGGUUCUGUUGGAAAACAUGUUAUUUCCACAUUCUCUUCUGGGUCGUGUCUGUCUGUGGAGAGGAGAGGACCUUCAUUGUUGAGACAUGGCUGAAGAACUAUGGCUACCUGCUCCCUCAUGACAUCCGGACAUCAGACCUGCGAUCGGAGAAAGCCAUGCAGUCGGCCGUCGCUGCCAUGCAGCGGUUUUAUGGUAUUCCAGUGACGGGAGUGCUCGAUCAAACCACCAUCGAGUGGAUGAGAAAACCUCGGUGUGGAGUUCCAGAUCACCCUCACAUCAGCCGACGGAGGAGAAAUAAACGCUACGCCCUCACUGGUCAGAAAUGGAGGGAGAAAAAGAUUACAUACAGCAUACAUAAUUUUACCCCCAAAGUGGGCGAGAAAGAUACCCAGAGGGCCAUUCGCCAGGCCUUCGACGUCUGGCAGACAGUGACCCCGCUGACCUUUCAGGAAGUGGCCUACUCCGAGAUCAAGAACGAGGGUAAAGAGGCGGACAUCAUGAUCUUCUUUGCCUCUGGUUUCCAUGGUGACAGUUCUCCUUUUGAUGGAGAGGGAGGUUUUUUAGCUCACGCUUAUUUUCCCGGUCCUGGAAUUGGCGGAGACACACACUUCGACUCUGAUGAGCCCUGGACAUUAGGAAACGCCAAUCACGACGGUAAUGAUCUUUUCCUGGUGGCCGUGCAUGAGUUGGGACACGCAUUAGGUCUGGAACAUUCCAACGACCCCAGCGCCAUCAUGGCCCCUUUUUACCAAUACAUGGACACGCACAACUUCAAACUGCCUCUAGACGACCUUCAGGGGAUCCAGAAAAUCUACGGUAUUCCCACAGCCAUGCUGGAGCCCACCCGACCUCUUCCUACUCUCCCUGCGCGACGCACACACCCCACCUCUGAGAGGAAACACGACCGGCAUCGCCCGGCUCGCCCACCCUCUGGAGAUCGGCCUUCCUCUCCCGGACAUGGAAAACCCAACAUCUGCGACGGCAACUUUAACACUGUGGCCUUCUUUCGACGGGAGAUGUUUGUUUUUAAGGAUCGUUGGUUCUGGCGUUUGCGAAACAACAAAGUUCAGGAAGGCUAUCCAAUGUUAAUAGAGCAGUUCUGGAAGGGUCUACCUCCUCGCAUUGACGCUGCUUACGAGAGAUCAGAUGGCAAAUUUGUGUUCUUCAAAGGGGACAAAUACUGGGUCUUCAAGGAGGUUACAGCAGAGCCCGGGUAUCCUCACAGCCUGGUAGAGCUGGGAAACUGUCUGCCUCGCGAUGGCAUCGACACAGCCUUACGUUGGGAACCUGUGGGAAAAACCUACUUCUUUAAGGGCGACCAGUACUGGCGUUAUAAUGAGGAGAAGCGCACGGCUGACCCAGGCUAUCCCAAACCCAUCAGCGUCUGGAAAGGCAUCCCUGAUGCACCGCAAGGAGCCUUCAUCAGUCGAGAAGGAUUUUAUACCUACUUUUACAAGGGAAAGGAUUACUGGAGGUUUGAUAACCAGAAGUUAACGGUGGAGCCAGGCUACCCAAAAUCAAUCCUCAAAGACUGGAUGGGCUGCGAUCAAUCGGAGGUAGAAAAGAACAAAGACCGCCACCUCCCUCACGAUGACGUCGACAUCAUGGUCGCCAUUAAUGACGUGCCCAGCACUGUAAACGCAAUCGCUGUGGUCAUCCCGUGCAUCCUCUCACUGUGCAUUCUCGUCCUUGUAUAUACUAUCUUCCAGUUCAAGAACAAAAACGUCCAACAGCACGUGACCUACUACAAACACCCUGUGCAGGAGUGGGUAUGACGGACCGGGGGGUGCGACGGACCCCAAACGCUUGAGAACAUAAGUGAGGGCUACUAUGCUGAGGUUUGACCAGUGCCUGUUUUCAGAACAACCCUGUCCCAGAACGGGAACACAAGAUGAGGAAAGGGAGCAUCUUCUUCCUUCCCACUUGAGACAGAACUUUACAACAAAUAUUGCAAUUUUUUUAGCAUGAGCGCAACGGACAAAACUUCUGGGGAUUGAACGUUUGAAGUCGUGCCCUGGCCUUAUGCUAACCAGGUGAAGUCUUAACGGUCGAGGAACCUGCACUCCAGUUCAUGUUCUCUUCUCCCGGAGAGUUAGAGGAACCACAGAUUUGCAAAACGCCAGCAAAUCCUUGUCUCGUUGUCAACAUAAACUUGUACAUGAACUUCAACUAUUAUCAAAGAAACGAAACAAGCAAAACGACAAACAAUGACUUGAAAACCACGUAGGUAGAAAGGCCAUAGAAAAGAAUACCAAGGAAUUCUUGCAGUCUUUUGUCAUUUACGGGGUAAAAGGUUCAUCGCUGGCACUCCUUGAAGACUUCAACAUGUUUUUUAUUGGUGGUUAGGAGGCAGUUUCAAACUAAUUAGCUUAACAUCAAUCUGAAUGUUUGUUUGCGUUUUUUUUCCUUUCCUCACCUGCCUACCCAUUUCCACAGAGUAGAAAAAAUGAUUUAUAAUAACUAGGGCAGUCUUAACACCUCCUCCCACUCGCUACUGUACUCUAUUCCUUUUCUUCUUUUGAUGUUUUUAUCAGUCGGCAACAAAAGAGGAUCUCUUUUUGAUGGCAUUAGUUCUUUAUAGGAGAGUCAUUUUGUGUCACAAUAGCCUGAUUUCUCGCAAUCUCUCUAUUAUAUUUUGCUUUUAUUAGGCCAUGUUUCCAACCAUCUUGCACGGUCUCCUGCUGCGACCUUACCUUUUCACCAAGUGUAAUAUUUGAAACACUGGUGCCAGGCAGGAACACGAACAAUGAACACAUCUGAAUACGAAAUAGCUUUGUUACCCUUGCCUACUGUAGAUGAUCUCUCGACGGUUCAUCCAUCCUCUUCGAACAAACGUAAUAUGCUGUAUGUCUUACGUUGAAGUGACUUCAAUUUCAUGUGUUCGUGUGGAUUGUCUAACACUUAGCUCAAAAAUGUCUGUCGGGUGCUUUUAUUGGUUCGACUGUGCUAUUUAACGGUGAAGUGCGUCUGACUGUACCAUAUUAACACAUCUCUUUGUGCUCAUCUGCUGUGGGAAUGGAUCUGAUACAUUGCACAUUGGAAGGAGCUGAGAUGUAAUUGAUGUUUUCAGAAUCUCGAAUGGAACUUUUUGGAUUAAUCUUCAGAUGUAUAUGUAUAUUAGAAAAGGUUCGUAGCAUCUUAAUCACAAUAUUAAGAUGGUAGAUUUGGCGAGACUCCCUAUAAGGCUUCACUUAAGACACAGUUUAUCAUUUAAUAUUGGGGUUUCACUGAUACUUUUGCCUUAACACAUUUAGGUUGCAUGUUAUAAAUCCAUUUUGCUUUUCUCUGUGGAACGAGCAUUUUUAGCUACAAAAAAAGCAAUUUUUUGUUUAUUCCGCAGAGAUUCGUGUACAUAUUGUAUUCACAGUUCAAAGGAGCAUGAAUCUGCAACAGAAACUACCUGGCAUAUACUUUUAUGUUUCUAAUGUGUUUCCGCCAAUGGUUUGAGCAUCUAUUCAAGCUUCACCAUAUUUCUACACUUAGCUGGCUUCAUUGGCAUGCUGUUUGUGACGUGAGUGUCACUUCUGUAGUUGCCAUAUGUACAUCUGCCCAAACAAUGGACCACUUGGAGAUCAUCAUUUUGUUAAUACAUUCAACUAACAUGAAUGUUUUCUGAAUAGUCUUUUAAAAGGUUUUGUGGGCAUGAGUUUUUUUUCUAAACCUUUGUCUUCCAAAGUAACAUCACCCACUUUUUUUUUGUGUGGUCUUCUUAAAGCUUUCGGGCCUUUUUUAAAGGGGAUUCAUCACGUAACCACUGAAUCGAAUGACAAAAUAGAGCAAACUUUGUUGCAAUCAUGAAACAUAUUUUGAGAUCUUAAUGAUUCAAGACGGGCAUUUGUGAAACAAUUUUUAGCCUGUCUCACAAAUUCUCAAUUAUUUUUCCGUAAGUCGUAAUGACUCACAUGGAAGGCUGGUUUUGCCUCAAGAGUAAAAAGAAUAGGUUAAUUGUGACUUAAAUCUCACAUUUGUGACAGCAUUUCCAAUUUUGCAUUUCUGGCUUGGCUUCAAAGUGAAUUUAUCCCACAAUUUGCGAUUCACAGUUUUUACCUUUACCUCUGAAAAUGCAAUGUUUGAAUUAAAUCUCACAGUUACCUCAUGUUCGACUCUAAGGCAGAAACUGGCUUCCGUGGACUAGUGGCAACUAAUCACAAAAAAGGUACUGAUGUAACAUUAAACAGUGAUAGUAUCGAGUCUAUUUGUCAUAGCACUUUGACAUGUGCCGUGUUAUGCGAAAAGAUCAUCCGAAUUUGCAUGGCACUUCAUGCCCAGAAGACCACUGUAUUACCAUUGUACUUUUUGGUUAGAAGAAUGCUUGGUGUGACAAUGCUUUUUGACAUUGCUUUGCAUUGACUAUAGAAUGUUUUAUAACAUGGUGGAAAAAUGUAUAAUUGGCCUGGUGUUUUGGUUGGAUUAGCUCAAUGCAGUAGUACUGUGGAGGGGUUACGUGUCUGUACCCCUUUAAGACAUUGUGCCUUGUCUUUACGUCUAUUAUGGCACACUUAACACUGCUCAUUUACAUUGAUUUCCACCUCAUUGUUAUUUCAACAGUGGCUACAUGAAUACAUCCCUUGAUAUAUUAUUCAAUGCCUUUAAUAAGUGAAAACAACGUGUUACCAUUUAUUUUUGUUGUCCUCCUUCUCAUAUAUCAUUUUUUGGAUCUGUUAUGCGAGCAGCUUGUUCGUGGGUAGAGAAGUGGCAUGAAACUAGAGCAGAUUUUACAUGUCUGUGCCCACUUGGGAAAGACUCGAUGUUAUUGUCUCUCAGAUAAGCAUUUUUAUUAGUCCGUUCCGAAUCUAGAGCACCUGCUUGCAACAACAAGCAGCAAUGUGGCUGUGAAGUGAUCUAAUGUCUCGGGUACAGGAAGUGCUGGGUGGGAGUAUUUUUAAUGGAACACACUGUGCAUCACCAAUUGUCUUCCUCAACUUUGAAUCUGUCCGCUGAGCUGUUGUUGGUACAAAAGACGACAAACCAUUUGCUCUGAUAAGCCAUGGACUGAAUUUGACAAUGUGGCACAAUAGUGUGUUCCAUACUUUAAGAGGCUUUAUGUGUUUAUUGUGUACGUCUGACAUCUUAUAUGACAAAUGCUCAGAGUGUUAAAGUAUGUUCUUUAUCUAUAGGAGGAUGGCUUAUGACGGAAGAAAACUCGUGGCAAUUCUGCAGAAGUCACUCUAACUAGAACGAAAUCAAAAUUUAUUUACACAUGGUCAUGUCAUGCAUCAGGAUCAGACAUAUUGGUAUCCACAUAAAGGCGUUUCUGCAAAAUGCAUUCAAAAUUGGACUAUAAACCUAAUUCCGAAACGAUAUGCAAACACAAAAUUGUUCACUUCCAUACAUUUCUGUAAAAUAUAUUUGCCCGUUCUGGGAAGUGAACAUUAUGGGGAUUGCAUAUGCAAUCCCAAACAUCUGUAUGCUGGUGUAAUUCCAUCUGGGACAACCAAUGUUUACAGAUAUGACCUUUACACUUGUAUGCGAUUCAGACCAUCUCUAGAAUAUCAGCCUCAGAUGCCUCUUGGAGGGUAUUUACACUUUUCAUGCAUUAGUAAAAAUGCAUGAUGUGACCAUUAUUUUUCUUUAAAUCCAAACAAACCACUUACAGAUUUCUUGGUAGAAAAACAGAACAUUUAUUUUUUCCAGAUUACGCCGUUUCAUGAGGAAUUCUGAAGCGAAGCCAGUAUUAUGUGUAUAUAUUAACACGCUGAACAUUCAGCUGUGUCCAAGGUGAAAUGUUUAACAGAACUAAAGUGUAUUUAUCAAAGGUGGAUAUCUUUAGAAAUGUUUGUUGUAGGGUCAAGUGAAAGGUUUGUAACGAUAGAGGCUUAUCAUAUGAAAAACUAUUUAUUUAUCAUUAAUGGAGACAUAAGGGUAUUCUACGCAGUUUAAUUUGAAAUCAAGGUGAAGCCAUGCCUAUAACCACAUUAGUUGCACAGAAAAUAAUAAAACAAACAAACAAAAAAAAAAAAAUACAGAACUGUACAGGGAGAUACGUAAAUAGGAAUUCUCUGGUAAUUUGCCUCUUUUUAAUGGGUAUGAUCGUGGCUUUGGACAACAGUCACUUUUAACCCGAGCUGCUGUUGCCUUUUGUUUUUUAUGGUCCUUUUAUGAGACUAACAAUAGGACAAACAUAUCAGAGGUAGUCAAGGAACCAACUGUAUUUACGCUUUUUAAUUACAGAGGGUUAAUUUUAAUGGAGAUUUUAUCUGAGAUAGCUUUAAAGAUUUUGGUUUGUUUUUUAUUAUUAUUUUUUUUUUCUUGACUGACCACGGGGGAAUUUCAACUGUAUUCCUGUACAUAACCGGUUCUUUUUUCCCUUUGACAAGAAUUUAAGAGUGAACGUCUCACUCUGCGGUUUGAAUAAAUUCAGAUUCUGUCCUUGCAAUUUUGAUAUUUUCUGAUUUACAGGUCAGUUGUUGCUGUCUGCUCAGCCUCGUCCAGGUUUUAACGGUCAUGUAAAUACAAAGACUUACUGAAACUUUUCAGACCUUUUGUAUUUUUCUUUCACUCUAAAGGUAGCCUAUGAUUUCACACUGUCAUGCAUAAUGUUGAUUAUUAAGAAUGAGAGCGAUCUUAAACGGAUUGAUUUACUAAUAUUAGAUAUGAUUUAAGUUUUAUUUCUUAAAUCCUGUUUUUAAUUCUAUAAACGACGAGUCCAUUUUAUUUCGGUUUCAGUCUACAGUUUUACACUGUGUAUCUAAUAUCACCAUGUUCAAAGAAAUGUCAAUAAAAUAAAACUACAGAAAUGCCAA